AUGAAGGAACUGAAGUCUUUGACAAGGCAGAUAAAUCGACGCUUUACAACUGACCCGGUUCAGAAUGAUCAGAUCUCACCAGAGCUGCCAGUCCAACCGGAAACCAUAACGGCAGUGGCGCACGAUACAUCAUUGACAUCAACCUUCCCAGAUGGGAUUGAGAUCUUAUACGACUGCCCGGAAGCGGAACUCGAUAUCUGCUUUAUCCACGGACUGACUGGAGAUCGGCGGAGAACAUGGACGCCCAAUGAGCAGAACGAACCUUGGCCGAGAACACUGCUGCCGACUUUUAUCAGCAAAGCCCGGAUUUUGACGUAUGGGUAUGAUGCAUAUGCGAUACGAAAAUCCGUCCUGUCAAAUAACCGAGCCAUCGAUCAUGCUACAAAUCUCCUACACGACUUGACGACUGAUAGGACAUCUUGCAACGCCUCGUCCAGGCCUAUAAUAUUCGUGGCCCACAGCCUCGGAGGCCUGGUGUGCAAAAAGGCACUUCUUCUAUCUCGAAGGAAUCCUGAGCUCCAUCUGCAGGACAUUUUCAAAUCUACAAAGGGUAUUGUUUUCAUGGGCACGCCUCAUGGAGGGUCUUGGAUGGCUAGUUGGGCAAAGAUACCUGCUGCAGCUUUGAGUUUUGUCAAGUCCAGCAAUAGAUCAUUGCUUGCUGUUCUAGAAACGGACAAUCAAUUUCUCGAAUCUCUCCAACUUGAGUUUCUGGAAAUGAUACGGGGAUUAAGAGAAAGUGGUCAGAUCUUUGAAGUGACUUGCUUCUUUGAAGAGCUUCCUUUGCCUAAAGUAGGGAAGGUGGUGUCUAAAGAAUCGGCAAUUCUGCCCGGGUAUAACUCAAUCAGUAUCCAUGCCAACCACUGUGAGAUGGUGAAAUUUGAAUCAGCUCAAGCAACUGGGUUCAAAAGACUAAUUGGGGAGCUUCAGAGAUGGAGCUCACAGAUAAGUAUUGCGGACUUAUCUCCAUCCUUGAAGUCUUCGUCGAUACCAGAAGAAAAUAUACCAAGCUCUGUGUUUCGAAAUUCCGGAGAAGGAACAACCAAUGUAAACACAGGUCCUGGUACUCAAAACAAUAACAAUGGAGCUGGGCAUCAGUUUAACGGCACGGUCAACGGCCUUUCGCUGUCUUAG